AUGAUGGCGGAUGAUUGGAUACAGACUAAAAAUGUGCAAGAGAGAAGCAUGAUGAUCAGAAAGGCGAAAAUUCCACGCAUAAUUAUCACAUGCGGAUUUUGUCUAAUGAUAAUUGCGUGCUGCUUUAUUAUCGGUUUACCCAUCUUUGGAAUGUCUAUGAGAUUAAUAACCAACUUUACUGAUCCAGGCAGACCAAUGCCUCUACAAACUUAUUAUAUUUAUAAUGUAACGAAAACACCACAUUACGAGUUGACAUUUUUCAUGCAAGCUAUCUAUGUCAUGCUCGCUAUGACAGCUUAUGCUGGAAUAGAUAAUUUUCUCGGACUGCUUGUAUUUCAUAUAUGCGGUCAAUUGGACAUACUGAACGGCCGUUUAACACGUUUGGAUAAAUACAUAAAUUCUCAAGCUAUGCUAAGAGACUGCGUAACGAAGCAUAUUUCUUUGCUUAGGAACAUUGCCGUUAUUGAAGAUGCCUAUAAUAUAACGCUUCUCGCAUUAUUUGUAUACUUUGCAAUACUCUUCGCGUUCUAUGGUUUCCGGAUUAUUAACCUGUUUGAUGGAGAAAAUGAUAUGUCGAUCAUUCAACUGAUAUACCUCGUAUCUAACAUUUUCAAUGUUUUUGUGCAUAUGUGUUUAUAUUGCGCUCUCGGUGAAAUUUUGGUGGCCCAAUGCAAUGAAAUAUAUUACGCGGCGUACAGUAAUGAAUGGUACUCUAUGGAUUCUAAAAUGGCAAAAGAUUUGAUGUCUCUACUGAUAAGAGGCACAAAACCGAUCUAUCUUACUGCUGGAAAAAUAUUCCCCAUGACAAUGGCUACUUUUUGUGGUCUAAUAAAAACAUCAGCCGGUUACAUAUCGGUUUUGCAUACAACGAGAAAUUAA